CAGAGCCCAGGAAGGGUAAUAUGGAAGACAAGAAUUCAAAAGAAGUGUUUGAAGCAGAGUCCAACCCGUUCAGAGAACCUUACCAAGAGUCCUCAAUUCGGUCAAUAGGAUUAGAUCUCCCCCGAGUAGUCAGCAUUAAAUAUCCACCAAUACCUGGAGAGGUAAGGGAUAAUCAGGAGGAGCCGAUACGUUAUAAAAGUAUUAAACAGAAACGUUUAAAAGGAAAAGAACGCUCAAAAAUGUCCAGAGAGCGUAAAUAAAGAGUAUGUCAAAGAACUUGAAUUUAAAGUAGAGUACCUUGAAAAAGAAAAUAUUCGAUUACAAAACUUGCUGGCUUGAAAAGUUCAGGAGCAAGAAAGGGUACAAGAAGGGCAUAUUUUUGAACGAGAUAGAGACAAUGGUGCACAUGAUCUUUGGAAACAAGUUCUGGACUUAGAGUCUCUUAACCCUAAAUAAAACUCCUACGAAGUUUUGAGACCUCUAUGAUAAAUUCUUCAAAAUAAUUUUUGACAAACACAAAGCCUUCAUCGAUGUUGCAUUCAGGAAGCUCAUUAAUGAUAUUCAUGCGAACGUCACUCCCAUCCAUUACAGAGACCUCACUGUCGACUAUGAUAGAGACUACGACAUCAUAAAGAAAUUCAACAACUGUACCAAGUUCAAAGAGAGCGAGUUCAAGAAGGACCACAACUUAAAUGAAGUUGACCUGUUCAUCGCUUCAUUUAAACCAUCCAAAAGACAAUUCAAUUUUAUCAAGAAUGUGUUCAUCAGGAAAGAAGCUGCUGUUAAAGAAAAAUGUGUGCAAGCAAUCCACAGACUUAUAGAAUCAAAACAGCUCAUUGAAGACUCUUUCACUGAGUUAAGCUUUGCCCUUGCUCUGAUAACUAAGUCUAGAGUUCUAAGUGAAGAACAGUUAGCAAAAUCUAAAAUGAAAGGAUCGAUAUUCUACGAUAGUCAAAGCUUCAGUAAAAUUUGGAAACUACGACUUGCUCCAAGAUGAAAUUCUUGGUAA